CUGCACCAUAAUUCGUUAAAAAUUUUUAAACCCCGAAAUCUAUAAGAAUCUAUAUUUUGGGCCACAGCCAAAAUUCUAGUGUUGACUAGUGUUAUAUACAUAUUUACAUGCAUUCAUUCCAAGAAAUUGAGCAGGCAAACAAUGAAGUGGGGUUUUUUUUAUUAUGCUGAUGAAUCAGAGAACAUGCUAACAUUUUCCAGUGUACACACUUACAGUUAAAGUCCAGUCCAAUUAGUCCAGAUAAUGUACGCAAAUAGAGUUUUCACUGUUUCACCAUACAAUGAGUGCACAUUAUACACAUGCAUAAGCAGAACUUACAUAUAGGUAGUUUUCCAGCACUUGAUGCGAAAUUGAACAUUGACCUUUGCUGAGGGGAAACUGGCGCCUAUCAGUAAUUAACAUCUGUAGGAUUGCUACGGAAAUUGGACAGCGCACCCUUUUCGAGGGCCAGGCCAGCGCUCAUGUCCCCGCUCCUGUUCGCUUUUGUCCUGAAAAUCCUUGGGGAACUCACUUUUAAUGGCCCAUCGUUCCUCGAUUCUUUCCACAGCAGCGCCGAUGCGUUCGGCACCCCUCAUCCGAGCAGAGGGGGAAACAGUGCCCUGGGACUUGCUGCCGGAGAGCCGGGAGCUCCUACCGGACAGCGAUUGGGAAUGGGUCCAGCCAGAAGCGACGACGUCAUACCCAUUCCAAUUCCCAUACCUUGAUAUUGUUGACAACGGAAGUCCUUUGCCAAAAACGAAGGCUGCGGAAAUGGCAAACGAAUUGGGCGAUGCGACAAUGGCGGACUAUUUUCCGCCGUUUCCGGAGCUCCUGAGCCGUGAAUGGCGUCAGCGCCAGGAAAACUAUAUCAAAAAGUUGCUGGUCCUGCAGAAGUGGCAAUCUCCGCCAAGAGCCAGAGCCAAGCCCAAGCGGUCGCCCAUCCAAUGGCCCUUCGACACGGGCAGUCAGGAGGAUGCGCAGCAGCCACCGUCAGGAGAACCACGCUAUCCGUACGCCUACUUCUGGCCCAACGGACAGCGGCCCGGCAAGCGCAAGAACCUGUUGCAGACGCAGUCUCUCCGGUACAUGCCCUCGAUCAGUGCUGGAGCCAUGACCAAUCUGGGCAACUUCUUCAACCAUCUUGAGAAGAACGUGCGCUUCGCGGAGCAGUCGCAACUGGGGGAGUCGGAGGUCCGCCUGCUGCAAGGCAGGCAUCCGCAUCCGCUCCAAAUGAAAACACCCCUCAAUGGGACAGACGCCGACCCAGUCCAGCAGCAGCAGGAGCAGGACCAGAAGACCUCGAAGCUGCUGCAAGCCAUACGCACUUAUCGACCCUCGCAGAAGAUCCGCUCGCUGGUGUCGCGCAAUCCGCAGGGCUAUCGCGGCUCGCAGCUCAUCGAUCCCAGCUACAUGUGGCUGGGUCUGGGCAAAUGACAGUAAGCCCGCCCAAUGGUCGAUGACUAUCCGUAAGGGCUCGCGCACACACCAGCUGAAAGCGAAGCCGAAAAACUCGAAUACCAUUGCUGCUGAGCUGAGCUGAGCUGAUCUGAAAGCUCGCCCAUUGGUCAAGCAUGUUGGUUUUUAUCAGCUCCGCUUUCAGCUAAUGUGGGCGGGCGCCCACAAAAAAAAAAAUUAAGUGUGCAGCUGCUUUUUAGUUGUAGGCCCCAAAAAUGCUUGUUUUUAGUCUGUGUAGAAAAUAUAUUUUAAUGUUAUCAGCAAAAAUGGCAAA